UUUCUCUCUUCUUCCUCUAUAUAUAUUGCUCGAAUCUAAGCUAUUUGUCUUUAGAUUCUUCGUUUAAUACACAGCUUUUGCACACCAUUACAGCAAUACAAAACUUUUUUAUAAAUCAAUUUCAUAUAUAUCGUUAGAGACCCAGAUCAGAAAUUCGAAUUUCAGGUUGUUUAAAGAUUGAGAAUUUCUGUUUUCAAGCCAAAGAUUACAGAGUUAGCUGCCUGCGAAAACUGUUUCCUGAAAUCAGUUAUUACAAUUUUUGAGAAUAAUGAUUGUAUCGAACAGCUGAUUCAAGCUUUGUAGCAUGGACUCGCGCCAGUUCUUUGGAUACGGUGUGACUGGUGCAGCAGACUUAUCAUCCUACUCUUCUCAUCCCACUGUUCCAUCAAUACCCACCACGCUCUUUGAUUCCUUGAAAUUUGAUUUACGGAGCUCACAUUUCUCCCCUCGGUUUCAUUCUGAGACCCAUUCCACGGUGAGUGACAGUCCGGAUCAUCACAGCUCCACAGAUAAUCUCUCUGGGGCAAGCCCAUCCUGUAACUCGUCACUUGAAAUCAGCAGUCGUUUCCAGCAGUUGAGUCCUUCUCUGGACUCCCGCCAAGAUAGUCUACAGUUUCGUUUUGGCGAAUCGUUGUUUUUCCAUAAUGAAAACCGUGGUCACAACGUAAAUUACGCUCUGCAGGAAUUGGAGACGGCUCUGAUGGGGCCUGAUGACAAUGAAGAAGAAACAACCCCGACUCCUUCUUUUGGGAAAAAUAAACAGCCACAAACACGUGCGACCCAAUCCCAACCAUCCAAUGUGGAGAGGCCUGACAAAGCCAUGGAAGAAGCUGCUUUUCAAAGUAUACCACCGGGCAAUUUGAAGGAGUUACUGAUCGAGUGUGCUAAAGCGCUUUCUGAAAACAAAUUAGAAGAUUUCAAGAAACUGAUUGAAAUGGCUCGGAGCGCUGUGUCGAUCAGUGGAGAGCCGAUCCAGCGGCUCGGUGCUUAUAUGGUUGAAGGGUUGGUAGCAAGGAAAGAGGCGUCGGGAAAUAACAUAUACCGGACUCUCCAGUGCAAAGAGCCUGAAGGAAAGGAUUUGCUUUCAUACAUGCAAAUACUUUAUGAAAUCUGCCCUUACUUGAAGUUUGGUUACAUGGCCGCCAACGGGGCAAUCGCCGAUGCGUGUAGGACCGAGGACCGCAUCCACAUCAUCGACUACCAAAUUGCUCAGGGGACCCAAUGGAUGACUCUCUUACAAGCUCUCGCUGCGAGGCCCAGUGGGGCACCUCAUGUGCGAAUCACGGGAAUCGAUGACCCGGUUUCCAAAUAUGCCCGUGGAGAUGGUUUACAAGCGGUAGAGAGACUUUUAGCUGCAAUAUCUGGGAAAUUCAAUAUCCCGGUUGAGUUUCAUCCGGUGCCAGUUUUUGCUCCAGACGUCACGAGGGAUAUGCUCGACAUAAGGCCUGGGGAGGCAUUGGUGGUGAAUUUCCCUCUCCAACUCCAUCACACACCCGAUGAGAGUGUUGACGUGAGAAAUCCCAGAGACGGGCUUCUCAGAAUGGUGAAAUCGCUUUCUCCCAAAGUUGUCACUUUAAUCGAGCAAGAAUCGAACACGAAUACCGCUCCUUUUUUGUCUAGAUUCAUUGAAGCGCUUGAGUUCUACUCCGCGAUGUUCGAGUCUAUAGACAUGACAAUGCCGAGGGACAGGAAAGAGCGGAUUAAUGUCGAGCAGCAUUGUUUGGCCAGGGAUAUCGUGAACAUUAUUGCGUGUGAGGGGAAGGAGAGAGUGGAGCGGCAUGAGCUGUUAGGAAAGUGGAAGUCACGGUUCACUAUGGCGGGGUUUCGGCAGUACCCUCUGAGCUCUUAUGUAAACUCUGUGAUAAGGGCAUUGAUGAGGUGUUACUCGGAACAUUAUACGUUGGUGGAGACGGAUGGAGCUAUGUUGUUGGGGUGGAAGGACCGGAACCUUGUCUCGGCGUCUGCUUGGCAUUGUGCAUAAAAAUUGGUGGUGGCGGUGAGGGGGGUGGGUGGUGAUUGUUACAGGCAUAGAAGUAGUAAUAGAAAAUAACCAGUUUGUAGUUUUCAGGUUAUGACUAUUGGGUAUUUUCCAUGACAUUGUAUUGUGAUGACAUUUUGUAUCUAUGCCUAUUGUUUUGUUAGUUCAUAUUGUCUAUUGUUUGCAUUUUUUA